AUGAGUGAGCAAAGAUUGGAAUUUGUAGAGGAGGGCUUGGAAAAUGUUAAAGGUGAUGUCCUGGUCGCCCAAUUCCGGGACAUGGAGUAUGCGAUUCGAAUUCGCGGCUUAGCUGAGGACCCAAAGGAAAAUUUAAGAGAAUUAAUUUCAGGAGCGCUGGCAGAUGUUUUAGCCCGUGGGCAGGAAUUAAUUUAUGAUGAAAUAGAACGCGUCUUCAGGUUAACAGCAAAUCUUCGUCCCGGAGCAGAACAGAAAGUGGUGUUUAUUACAGGCCGUGUCCAUCCAGGGGAAACACCAUCAUCUCUUGUAUGCCAAGGUAUCAUUGAUUUUCUUGUGAGUCCACAUCCAAUUGCCAAAGUACUGCGUGAUCAUUUGGUCUUCAAGAUCGCUCCUAUGCUUAAUCCAGAUGGAGUUUAUCUUGGCAAUUACAGGUGUUCCUUGAUGGGCUUUGAUUUAAAUCGGCACUGGGUAGAUCCCUCUCCUUGGGCUCAUCCUACACUAUACGGUAUAAAGCAGCUAAUUAUUCAGAUGCACAGCAAUCCGAAAGUUACCCUGGAAUUCUAUAUUGACAUCCAUGCUCACUCCACUAUGACGAAUGGCUUUAUGUACGGAAAUGUUUUUGAAGAUGAAGAAAGAUUUCACAGACAGAUUAUUUUCCCGAAGCUGCUCUGUCAGAAUGCUGAAGACUUCUCCUUUUCAAGCACUUCCUUCAAUCGAGAUGCUGUUAAGGCAGGGACAGGACGUCGCUUCCUUGGGGGCUUAUUGGACGACACUUCUUAUUGCUAUACACUGGAAGUCUCAUUUUACAGCUACAUAGUUGGAGGAACCAGUUCUACAGUCCCAUAUUCAGAAGAAACUUAUAUGAAAUUAGGACGGAAUGUGGCCCGAACGUUUUUGGAUUAUUACAGACUAAAUGCCAUUACAGAGAGACCUUUAGUACCAGUUUCAAGUACAUGGUGGUCCAAGAAGAGCUCAAUGAAAGAUGUUGUUGCACUCCAGUAUUUGGCUGGAUUUCAACCAUUUGUAAUCUAUGCUGGAACUGAAUUUGAAAAGAAGGCAGGGUCAAGUCUGGUUUCUGCAGGAAAUUUUAUGACCCUGAAUUUCCCUCAAUCUAAUGGGAAACAGGAAUCUCUUGCAGUAUUGGAUAUAGAAAUUUAUCAAAAGAAACUUGCAAUCAUGCAUAUGUAUAUCAAUACAUUUUGCUCAUAG